AUGACUAGCGGAAUUUCCAACUCCGAGCCUUCCUCAUCGCUGCUUCAUUCCGAUCCGUAUGCGAUCCACCACUCCGACAAUCCCACAGCUAUCCUUGUCCAGCCCCUUCUCACCAGAGAUAACCAUGCCUCCUGGAGUCGUGCUAUGACUUUGGCGCUGCGAGCCAAGAGUAAAUUCGGAUUCGUCGAUGGAUCCCUCUCGAAACCGACCGAUGCAGUCUUGAUUGACAAUUGGGGACGCUGCAACGAUCUUGUUAGCAGUUGGAUCCUUAACUCCGUCUCUCCAGAGAUUCGUCCUAGCAUCUUGUAUGCUGAAACCGCAAGUCAAAUAUGGAACGAUCUCAACGAGCGCUUUUCUCAGUCAAACGCACCAAAAAUUUACCAACUCAAGCAUUCUAUCUCUUCCCUCAAACAAGAGGGAAUGACGGUUUCAUUUUAUUUUACCCAACUUAAAUCACUUUGGGAUGAGUUGAGCGAUGAUCCUUCUGUGACACCAUGCAUUUGUGGUAAUGCUAAGUCUGUUCUCGAUCAACAACAUCAAGAUCGAGCCAUGGAAUUCCUUCAAGGACUCCACGGCAAUUACUCGGUGGUGCAGCGGCCAGAUUCUACUCAUGGAACCGUUCCCCGUCCCAUCCAGUAG